AUGUCGUCAACUACAGAUAAUACAAAUAAUGAUCCAACUGUUACUAUUCUACCUGGAGAUUCAAACCAAGUCAUUCCAGCUGGUGCAGUUGGUCACAAUCCACAAAGUACUCUCAAUCCGAAUGUUCCACAUACUAAAGCCGACUUAGAUAAUCAUGCUAAUCAAUUGAAUCCAAAUAAUCCACGAUAUGCUGGUCAUCAAGAACGACUUGCUGCUGCAGCAGCUAGCCGUGAAGCAGCAGCUCUACAUCAAGAAGCUCAAGCUGCAUUUCAAUAUGCUACUCAAAUGGAAGCUGCUGCUUUAAAAGCACAAGCAGCUGCUAAUCAAUUGCAUCAAGAGGCUAUACUCUGUGCACAACAAGCCAGUAUUGGCUUGAACGCUCGUAGAGGCAGUCGAGGUCGAGGACGUGGUCGUGGUAGAGGCCGAGGUCGUGGACGAGGUGGUCGUGGUGGUAGUCAAGGAAAUCAGAGUGAUCUAGGAAGUCAAGGCGAUCAAGGAAGUCAUGGUGAUCAAGGAAGUCAAGGUGAUCAAGGAAGUCAAGGUAGUCAAGAAGGUUGGAACCAUGAUAAUCAUCCAGAUGAAGGUGAUUAUUAUGAAGGUGAUGAAGAAGGUUAUGACGAAGAACAUCAUGAAGAACAUGAAACGACUGAGAAUAAUAAGCAACAAUCAACUGCUGCUGAUCAACACCCACUACCACAAAGACAAUGUUUUCAUGCUGGUCAUAAAUUAUCUCUAUCCGAAUUAAUUUAUUUUAUUAAUUUAUCUUUAACAAAAUGUGAUCAAUUAAGUGAUCAAAUCGAUGCUAGUUUUACAUCCUCAUGUUCAAAUGAAUAUCCUCGUUCAUUAAUAAUGUCUCUUCUUAAACAUUAUGCAUCAUAUCAUCCUAAAGAUUGGCAUAAAUAUGAAUGUUGGACUGGCUCUGAAACUUAUACAAGAAAUUUAAUUGCGCAUCAUUCGAAUCGUUUUACAUUAAUGCUUGUCUGUUGGAAAGGUGGCCCAUCACCUAUUCAUAAUCAUGCAGGUAGUGAUUGUUUAAUGACUGUUCUACGAGGUAUAAUACGUGAAACAAAAUAUCAUACACCAAAUAAUGAAUAUAAUGUUGAGAAAUUAGAUGUAAAAGACAUAGUGGAAAUGCAAGAAGGUGAAGUACAUUUAAUUAAUGAUGAUAUUGGAUUGCAUAAAAUGGAAACAUUAGAUGAAAAUAAACAAGCAGUUACUUUACACUGUUAUAUUCCUCCGUAUUCAGAUUGUUUUACGUUUGAUAUGCAAAAUAGUGAGAUUAAAACAAAUAUUGUACAUACAACAUAUGAUACAGAAUUUGGAAAAACUGUCUCAUAA